AUGCCGAAAUUGUUUGCUCCUCCUGCUACCACCUGGGCUAUGGACGGCCGCGAGGUAGACCUCCUGCACUACAUCUACUCUCGCCCGGACGUGAAAGAACUGCGCGGCAAUCCACACAAAGUGCUCGUCGCCAUCGACGAAUACGUUGAUAAGCACCAAGUGCUCAUGAACAUCGGCGCCACAAAGGGCGCCUUCAUCAGCGACCUGAUUGCCGCACGCAAGCCCUCAACGAUGAUCGAGCUGGGCGGGUACGUCGGCUACUCGGCGAUUCUCUUCGGCGAUGCAGUGCGCGCCCACGGUGGCAAACAAUACCUGAGCAUCGAGAACAACCCCGAAAUGGCCGCCGUGGCCAACCAGCUCCUGGAUCUGGCGGGGCUGCGCGACUUUGUGAGGAUUAUUGUUGGGUCGAGCGAUGAGUCGCUCGAGGAACUGAUUGAGCAGAAGAAGAUUGAUCGCAUCGAGUUGAUCUUCAUUGAUCACUGGCAGGAGCUGUAUCUGCCGGAUCUGUGGUUGUUGGAGCAGCUUGAUGUCCUUGUUCCGCAGACUUCGGUCUUUGUUGCGGAUAAUAUUAUUAUGCCCGGUGCGCCGAAGUAUUUGAAGUGGGUUGAGGCGACGCCGGAGCAGAAGAGGGAGAUGCUUGCUGGAUUGGAUGUGGGCACUCGGCGGCCAGAUCCUAGUUGGGUUUAUGAGACGCAGGUCUCGAAGUUUGAUACCACGUGGGGAAAGGAUGCCGUUGCUGUGACCAAGGUUGUGGGGAGGCAGUGA